AUGGAGAAACGAGUGGCCAUCGUGGGCGCUGGAAUCAGCGGGCUCCUGGCCUGCAAAUACGCGGUGGCGAGAGGCUUCACUCCCGUGGUUUUCGAAGAGCAGGAGAAGGUGGGAGGGCUGUGGAAUCACACCAUUGAAUCGACGAGGCUGCAGAAUGCUAAGGCCACGUUUGAGUUCUCUGAUUUCCCAUGGCCUUCUUCUAUUGAGGAUAUGUUUCCCACUAACUUUAAAGUGGUGGAAUAUCUUGAAUCAUAUGCUCACAGCUUUGGAUUAUUACCUUACAUAAAAUUCAACUCCAAAGUGAUGGACAUGGAUUAUGUGGGGGAAUCUGAAGAGGGGAUGCGACCGUGGGAGUUUUGGGGUGCAACGGGAAAAGCUUUUGGAUCCAAAGGAAAGUGGAUUCUCAAGGUUUUCAACUCCAAGGAUAAUUCCACUCUGGAGUAUGAAGCUGAAUUUGUGAUAAUCUGCAUCGGAAGAUUCAGUGGUCUACCCGAUAUCCCAAAAUUUGCUGCUGGAUUUGGGCCUGAAAUAUUCGCAGGCAAAGUGAUGCAUUCCAUGGAUUACUCUGCAAUGGACAACGCCGCCGCUGCCGACUUCAUUAAAGGCAAAAGAGUUGUCAUUAUAGGCUCCGGCAAAACCGCAGUUGACACUGCAUUCGAAUGCGCCAUGGCUAAUGGAAGCGAUCAUCCCUGCACCAUGAUCCAGAGAACGCCGCAUUGGGCGCUCCCCGAUGCCUUCCCAUGGGGCAUCAACUUCGGUUACUUCUGCGCCACCCGUUUCUCCGAGCUCAUGGUUCAUAAACCAGGCGAAGGCCUCCUCUCCUCGCUCAUCGCCACUUUGCUAAAACCCCUGCGAUGGGCGAUGAGCAAGUUCGUGGAGAGCUACAUCAGAUGGAAACUUCCCUUGAAAAAGUACGGAAUGAUUCCGAAAGAGAGCUUUCUCGAUGAGAUCGCCGCCUGCCAGAUAUACAUGCUCCCGGAGACAUUCUACGACAAGGUCGAAAACGGCAGCAUCGUCCUCCAAAAAUCGCAGAACCUCACCUUCUGCGAAGACGGCCUCAUCAUCGACAAUGCUAAUCACAUAAAAGCAGACAUAGUCAUCUUCGCAACCGGGUACAAAGGCGACGAGAAGCUCGCGAACAUCUUCAAAUCUCCCACAUUCAAGAACUACAUCGCGGGAUCUCGAGACUCCACCAUCCCUCUCUACAGACAGAUAAUCCACCCUCGAAUCCCGGGGGUGGCUGCGAUAGGCUACUCUGAAUCAGCGUCGAAUCUGUACUCGAUAGAGAUGAGGUGCAAAUGGAUGGCGUACCUUCUCGAUGAGGCGCUGCAGCUGCCGAGGAUAAAGGAGAUGGAGAAGGACAUCGGGAUGUGGGACAAAUAUUUGAAGAGAUACGCAGCCAAUGGGAAAUAUAGAAGAGCAUGUAUUGCUGGAUUGCAUAUAUGGUAUAAUGAUCAACUUUGUAGAGACAUUGGGGCGAAUCCGAGGAGGAAGAAGGGCUUUUUUACGGAGAUGUUUCAGCCCUACGGUUUGCCGGAUUACAAUGGAAUCACUCCGGCCGCUUCUUGAUUAUUACUAUUAUUUGUAUUACAGAAAUUGGUUUCAUGAAUGGUCAAUAAAAAACUACUACUAUACAAUAAAAAUUCUUCAAGAUUGUGGUUGUUUUAAUGUGUACGUCUAAAUAGUGCCACAUUUUGUGAUUUAGUUUGAAUCUUUUCUAUCUA